UUUUGGAGCAAAAUUGGCAUCUUCAAUUGCCUCGAAUUAAGCCCUCGUACAUGCAUUAGAAUCAUGCUAGCACCUCUUGUAUACGGGGGCAGGGCCGACCUGGCUUAAUUCUUACUACACUCUGAGGGAUUUGUUACUCAGAGCACGGUGCCCUGCAGCUCUAAGGAAGCACUCGAAUUGCAUAAGUAGAAAUGACGAUCGGCAUCGACCGCAUAAGUCGAGAGAUCUAUCUUCUCAAGACGCUAUACCGGUACUUCCAUUUCAAGUCGGCAUUUUGAAGCGGGGAUGAAUGGUUUAUCUUUUGGAGAAAAGCUAUUCAUACAAGGGGGCACUGCACAAGACCUUCGCUCCGAUGGCCGUAAACGACUAACUUACCGACCCAUAUAUGUCGAAAAUGGGGUCAUUCCUCAGGCCAAUGGCUCGGCCAGAGUUAGAAUGGGUGGAACUGAUGUCAUUGCCAGUGUGAAGGCCGAAAUUGGAAGACCAAGUCCACUACAACCCAACAAAGGGAAGGUUUCCAUAUAUGUUGAUUGCAGCCCAACUGCCGCUCCAAUGUUUGAGUGCAAUUUUAUGCAGGGUAGAGGGGCCGAGGAGUUGUCAUCAGAACUCUCAGUUGCUCUCCUGCGAUGUCUUUUGAGUGGGAAAAGUGGAGCAGGUGCUGGAAUUGAUUUGUCAUCUCUGAUAGUUGUUGAAGGAAAAGUCUGUUGGGAUCUGUAUAUCAAUGGUCUUAUUGUCAGUUCAGAUGGGAAUCUCCUAGAUGCUCUUGGUGCUGCCAUCAAGGCUGCUCUGAGCAACACAGGCAUCCCCAGAGUUCACGUUGCAGCGGAAGCAUCCGGUGAGGAUCAACCAAAACUUGACAUCAGUGACGAAGAAUUCUUACAAUUCAACACGUCUAGGGUUCCUGUCAUUGUUACAUUAACGAAGGUGGGCAGGCAUUAUAUUGUAGAUGUGACUUCGGAAGAAGAAUCAGAGAUGAGCUCUGCUGUUUCUGUUUCCAUCAACAGGCAAGGGUUAAUUUGUGGUCUUACCAAGCGGGGUGUCACUGGUUUGGAUCCAAGUUUCAUACUCAAUAUGAUAUCUGUGGCUACGCAUGUAAGUGAACAGCUAAUCGAUCGGUUAGAUUCCGAGAUAUCUGCCGCUGAAGCUGUUGAAGAAGAAUGAUACUCGUCUAAGUCUUUACCUUCUUUUGGUAUCGGUUAGAUUCCAAGAUAUCCGGGCUGUGCUGCACAUUCUUCUUUUGCUAAUUUUUAAUCCACAGUUACCCAUAUGUGGAUGGGAAAUGUCUUCAAUCUGUUUGUCCUCACUGGCUACUCAGAUUGAAGAAGGCAUAUGAUUCUAUCAAUUUUAGGGAAAAUGAGGUAGUGUACAAGUAAUAGGAUUCAAAAUUUCCGUUGGGGAAUGCUCUGGGACUUUAUUCUCCCAUUGUUGUCCAUGUAAGUUAUUUCUUUGCCAUUAAGUUCAACAGUUAAUGCUCUCGGUGCA